GGUUAGGUGUCAUUUUGUCUCCAAAAGCCACCUAACCCCCAAAAUGUUCCAAAGCAGCAUUACUAUACAUUCACUUCUCUGCUAUUCUCGGGUUAUUAUCCAAACAUGGAAGGCUUGAGUUUCUUUGUUGGAGUCAUAGGCAACAUAGUCUCAGUGCUGGUCUUUCUCUCCCCCAUAGGUACUUUUUGGAGAGUGAUAAAGCACAGAUCAACUGAAGAGUUUGAAAGCCUUCCUUAUAUUUGCACAUUACUAAACUCAUCUCUGUGGACUUACUAUGGAAUUACAAAACCUGGUGAAAUACUUGUUGCCACUGUUAAUGGCUUUGGCAUUGUUGUUGAGGCUGUCUAUGUCACUUUGUUUCUCAUAUAUGCACCCAAAGGAAUGAGGGCUAAGACAGCCAUUCUAGUGGGGAUUCUAGAUGUGGGAUUAUUGGCAGUAGCAAUAGCAGUCACUCAACUGGCAAUGAAUCGAGAUGUUCGCAUCGAUGCAAUAGGGUUUAUGGGUGCUGCCCUCAACAUCAUCAUGUAUGCCUCUCCCCUCGCAGCCAUGAAAACAGUGGUGACAACCAAGAGCGUAGAAUACAUGCCAUUCUUCCUCUCAUUUACCCUUUUCUUGAAUGGAGGCAUUUGGGCUUUUUAUGCUGUGCUAGUCCAUGAUUUAUUUCUCGGGGUACCAAAUGGGACUGGUUUUAUACUUGGAAUUGCACAGCUAGUGCUAUAUGCUAUAUAUAGAAAUGCCAAGCCAACAAGGAAUACUACUUUUGAUGUAUUGGAAGAGGGCUGCAGCCAACAUGAACACCUUAUCCCUUCUUCUCAUCAAUUCAUAUCGUAGGAUGGACGAUGAGUAAAGGCUCGAUCUUGUUAUCAAUUUAUUUCAUGAUAAAAACAUAUUUAAAUGCGAAAAGCACUAUAUAUUUUUAAUUUUUUGUUAUUAUUUUAUAUCAUCGUAUACACGUGAAUACACGAAACAAAUGCUGCAAAGGACAUACAACUAUAUUUGGGCCAUCAUGUUUUCUUUUAUUCUUUUAGUUUGUUUGCUUUGCUUCGAUAUAUAUCUAUAUAUAUAUAUAUUUUGCAUUAUAUA